AUGUCCCGAAUUUUUCAACCCAGGUAUGGUUUUUAUGACGAAUGCUUGCGGAAGUAUGGAAAUGCCAAUGUCUGGAAGCAUUUCACCGACCUUUUUGAUUAUCUGCCCCUUACAGCACUUAUUGAGAGUCAGAUCUUCUGUUUGCAUGGAGGACUUUCACCAUCCUUGGAUACACUAGACAAUAUCCGAGCCUUGGACCGUAUACAGGAGUUCUGCUAUUUGCUAGUUGCUUUUUGGAUUAACGCAUGCAUGAAAUUUGGGAGGCUCAGUGGCUGUUAUUCUUGUUCAUGUUAG